CCUUGCGUGAGGACGUGCGUAGAUCAUCAUUUAGUUGUCGGCGCAUUACGAACAUCGGAGGUUUUAAGGAGCGGAAAUAGAAGAAAAAAAAGUUGUAAAAAACGUUAACUGAACUAAAACCGCAGGAUUGAACUCUUUGCUUUGGCGUGCGUGUGUGCGAUGCAGUUUUUGUGUUUUUGACACAGCAUUUACCAAAACAGAAGGCGGAAAAUAGGAAAAGGAAUCUAGCAAAGGAUCUGCCAUAGUCCCAAACUGAGUGUGUGUGGGUGAGGCUGUUGCUUCUUCCCCUGUUCCUGUGUUUGUGUGUGUGCGCGCGUGUCAGUGUGUGUUUGUGCAGUCACGUGUUCUAAGGUGAUUUUAACGAGUUCCGUGAUACGCGAAAUGAGAUAAGGAACGAGAAAGGAGCAAAAAACGGAGCAGCAAGCGGCUUAUACGGACAGAAAAGGAGCAACAACCAAAUCCCCGUUCGCCAGGACACACAGGAUACUCGCUGGGUGCGCCUUAAAGGAUUGGCAGAUAAAUCAUCCGAAAAUUGCAUAAAAUAAAAUUGCUUGCCAAAUUGUGCGCAGCAAGAACUUAAAAAAAACAAACAAAAAUUGUAUGCAAAUACAAAUGAUAAAUAUGGCUAGCGAAUAACAUUGAAAAUAUUACAAAAACAUUCAGGAAAAAAUCACUUUAAUAAAUAUUCUGAAGUACCGAAACAAUAAAAUUGCAACAUGCGGUUUCUACAAACUGUCUAUCAAACGGCUUUAACCACCAUACUCCUGGCAAUCACAUUGGAGCUGACCGAGGCCCUGAAAGAUGUCCGGGUACGAAUUCCACACGCGGUGCGACGCAGCGAGAAGGCCAUUCUGAAAUGCUUCUACGACAUCGAGGAUGACAGCCUGUACUCGGUGAAAUGGUACAAGGGCAGGCGGGAAUUCUACCGGUACACUCCCAAAGAGACGCCGCCCAUGAAGGUCUUUCACUUUCCAGGCGUCAAAGUGAGGCGCGUGUCCUCGAACGAGAGCCAAGUGGUGCUCGACGCGGUAACAAUGGCUACAUCCGGUAAAUACAGUUGCGAAGUAUCGGCGGAUGCGCCCUCAUUUCAUACAUUAAUAGCGGCAGCAGAAUUGGAAGUUAUUGAAACACCGCACAAUGCGCCAUUCAUAUCGGGAAUACGUCCUCGAUAUCGGGUCGGCGACAUAUUGCGAGGUAAUUGCACAUCGCGACACUCGCGGCCGGCGGCCAAUCUCACAUGGACAGUGAAUAAUGAAGAGGUUAAUCCCUCUCUUGUGCGUCACCACAAAGUUCUGAGAGAUGCCCGCAACGAAAUGGAAACCGCAAUUGUGGGUAUUCACUUUGUGGUCACCGAACAGCACUUUGAAAAUGGAAAACUAAAGCUCCGCUGCAGUGCCCAGUUGCACGAUGUCUAUUGGAAAACCACCGAGAAAAUCGUCCUCGAAACGGAUCUUUUUCCCAAACACGGCAACGGGGCUAAUGGCAAUCAUGUUAAUCCGGACGAUUUCUAUGAUCAAUAUGCACUGCAUGAGGACAAUUUCCACAACAAGAAGAACAGUUAUUUAACGCAGCUACAGGACUUUUUCUUUCAUUUUGUACCCUCAGGCGAAGAAGACGACGGCACCGAGGGCGGCGGAUUGGAGGACGGAGGAGCCGCCUGGCGCGGUGCCGGCUCAUCGAGCUGCCGUCCGAGUCCGAGUCAAUCCUGGGCGGCUGUUGGAUCGCUGGUGGCGGUGGUGCUCAGCUGGACGCUGGCCAGGCAAUUAGUGUCGCCGUUGCAGGCGGUGACGGCGAUGACAAAGGCCGGCGGUGCAGCGUGCAACACGAGCGGAAGGUGCACAAUCCGGCGGACAAGGGCCGUUGGAAUGCGGGUCAGCGCAACAAAGGGGCAUCGCAAGUCCUGCCUGCGGGUCUCAAAAUGCAGCUGGAAAGGAUGCGAAUGCGGAUGCGAAUGCGGCAGGACCAACAGCAGAUACAUGAGGCAAUUAACAUGAUUCAAUUGUCACGCAACUCCAGUGCCAGUGCCACACUUCAGGGAGGAAAAGGGAUGCGGGGGUAGCCAGUAGAGUGGAGUCCAGCUAUAGUUAGAGGAUGUGCGGGAGAGUUCAGCCCAAGGCCAAGACCCAGAAGCAACUGCAGGAUGUAUCUAAAAAUAUUUACACUAACACACCAGACACUCGUUUCAGCUAGCUCAAAGUAACUUCAAAUGCAUUUAAGGAAAGAAUACAAAGCAUACAAGGACAAUGUAUCGACAUAAGCGAAAUACAAGCAAGCCGCUAGUUCAUCAUUAAUGCAGCAAUAUAUAAUUGUUUCAAUUUUCCUAAAACGGAGUUGGUUAAGGGGUUUGUUAUUUAGAAAACUUUUCCGAAUUUCAUGCAAUCUUUUGGAAAUUGUGAACCCAUUUUAAAACCUCUCCGCCAACUCACAAGUUCAUUUCACAAAGCAAAUGAAAAAUGUUGUGCUAAGCUUUUAAUUUUAGGUUCUCUAUACAUUUAUAUUUAUAUAUCAAGGUAAAGAU